UNCGCUGCCGCCGCCGGCGCCGUGAGGGCGCGGGGGGCACGGAGCCGCCCGGCCGCCGCAUGGAGGCGCCGGAGGAGGCGCGGAGGCGCAAGCUGGAGGCGGGCAGGGCCAAGUUUGCUUACUUCAGACAGCGAAAAGCAAAGGGCGACGUCGCGCAGCCGCAGAAAAAGGCGGCGAAGAGGAAGGGCUCGGCUGUCCACACGCAUGACCUCCCGAAGGAAGAGCACCCAGUAGCAGCCACAGGGGCUGGGAAGGGCCUGGAGGCUCAGGCUGAAGACACCAUCCUGCCAGAGGCAGCAGCAGAAGCACAGGGCAGCACUGAUUUGUCUAGCUGGGAGCCACUGGAUGAUCAUGCAACUGAAAAGGAUAGGAUAAAUUCUGCUGCAGAAUACAGCGAGGCUGAUGCUCAGGUGUGUCAGGAGAGGAUAGCUGAGCUGGAGAGCAGGCUGCUGGAAAAACAGGAAGCAGUGGAAAGGCUCACUGCACAGAUGGAUGAGCUGCAGGACCAACUCACCCAGCACAACGAUUCCAUGCAGCUUCAGGAAACAACAGUUCAGGAGCAGAAUGAAAUCAUCAUGAAGUUAACAACCUGCCUUCAACAGGCCAAGAAAGACCGGGAUGAGCUGCAGGAGGAGGCUUCACGUGUGGCUGGUCAGAUCCACGACUUACAGCUCCAGUUACAUCAGGUUACUGAGCUACUGAGGAGUAAAAGUCUCAGGAAAGAUGAAGGAUUAGAAGCUCAGCAGCAAAUGUCCUUGUUUCAGGAUCGUCUCAGAGAGCAAAAUGCACACUUGGAGAUUCUGCGUGGGAAAGCACACGACCUGGAAGUUCAGCUGGAGUCUUCUCAAAAGAAUACCAAAGAUAAAGAAAAUCUGCUUGCCCAAAUGGAAGAGGAUAUGAAAGAUACAAUGCAAAAGCUACACAAAAGCAUAGAUGAAAAAGAACAGUUUAUUAAAAGUCUUCAAGAUCUCCUGACAUCAGAAAGAUCUGGCUUGUCUGUACUACAGCACACACUUUCCCUCCGGGACUCAGAAAUAACAGAAUUAAAAAAAGAAAUUGCUUUAUCCAAAGUGAAAGAACAGCAACAUAUUGAAGAACUGAAAGUCAGUCAUGAGAAGGAUAUUUGCAGACAGUUGGAUAACUUGAGGAAUGAGCUGGAGAAGUGCCACAGAAGAGAGAUUGCAGAAGCCAAGCAGAUCUAUGAAAAGGAAAUUAUUUUAAAAUAUAAAAAUGAACUUGAACAGUUAAAGAAGGAACUCUGUGCUUUGAAUUCCGAAGAAAACAUUCAGAAUUUGAAUGGCAUAAUAAUUGACUUAAAUGUAAAGCUUCGAGAAUCUGAAAUUAGUAAAGAAAAUUUGAGGAAGAAACUUGAAAACCAACGGGAAGACUUUCAGAGGGAAAAAUCUGAUAUAGAGACUAAAUACAAGGAUGUAAUUGAUGGCCUUAAGUAUCAACUUUCUUAUGCAGAAGAGCAAGUGAAGGAAGCCCAGCAAUACAAAAAAGAAAAACAGGCCUUGAAUGAAGAGAUUCAGAAGCUGAAUUCCUACAUCCAGGAAUUAAACGAAAAGCAACUUUAUGAGGCUAAAAACCAUAUAGAUGUAAUGCAAAAGCAUGAUGGAGAGAUGGUCUCCAAUAAAAAGUUACUGGAAUUCAGGGAGAACCAGAUUUUAUCAGGGCAGUGUCAGCUGCAGGGAGUGGAUCUUGAGGAGAUGUGGGACAGAGCAUGCCAGUCAGAGGACAGCAGUGAGCCAGUGCAUCAGCUAGAAGUGGAGUUCCAGUAUGACUCCUCAAGGGAUCAGCUAGAAGAAACAAGGAAUUUAGAGAUCAUGAAGGAUAAUGGAAGUGGGGAAGAGGAGAACCUGUCUGAAGAACCCUUGUCAGAGCUUGGGCUUUUCAGUGGUGAUGAAGGUAUAUUGGCUAAAUACCUCAUUGCCACAGAAACUCCAGAAGAGUCCUAUGGCUCCUGCUCUUUGGAGAGCCAUGCCAUUGAAGAGGGCAGAUGCAAUAUGCAGGGGUUAGACAGCAGUGUGCUCCUAGAACAACCCAGCAGAGAUUUUAUAUCUUCUCCAUUAAACUCUAGCCUCGAGGAGGGGACAUGUCUUAGUGGCUUGGCUCAAGACCUUUCUGAAGAGGCAAAGGUGAGAGCAGAGGCCUUUAUUUCAUAUGUGUCAGAUGGCUCCCUGCAGCAAAACAAAACUGGGGACCACGGUGACAUAGAGGAUGAUGAGAUGAUGGGUUUGGCAGAGAGACAUCUGAAGCCAGCUGAGCUGCUCCAUCAGGAGUCAGUCUUGGAAAUGCCUUAUCAGGACUCCCAAGGAGCUGUUGGAAAUUGGGAGAAAGCCAUGUCUGAGCUCUCUCAUAGGCAUGCAAAACUGGAGGAAGAAGAUGAAGCACAGAUCUAUUGUGAAAAAGAACUUGUUCAGAAAAUGGAGAAGGAAAAAGAACUUGAAAAUAAACACAUGCUUCUACUAAAGCAGCAGGGUGAGGAUGGAGGGCAGCCAUCUCUAACACAAGUACCAAACCUCUCUACCUGGCUAGAAAUGGUGAAAGACCUCCAGGAGGAAAGAGACAAGUUGAUGAUGCAGCAGUUAGUGAGAGAUGCUCAGGAGCAGAAACCAGCCUCUGAUUCCGUGACAAGCGAAGGGCAGGCUCUUUUUGGCCAUCAGCUGACAGCUUUGCAAAGUCAAAGGGAUGGGAUGCAAAGCCAGCUUAAUGCUCAGAAGGCUAAAAACCAGAGAACAGCAGAGCUGUUGAGUCAGAAAACCAUAUCUGAAGAGACAUUGCUAAAAGAACUGGAGUUGCUCAAAGCUGAAAUCAGUAAGAAAGAGCAAAAUUUAGUACUUUUGUUGAAGGAAAAAACAGCCUUAAGAGAGAGACUAUCAAAUGUGGAGGAGGAUCUGUUGAAAGCAGAAAAAGCACUAGCAGAGAAUGCUAGCAUCAUUGAGGACCUUGAGAAAAACAUCCAUGAGCUUAAUGCUGAAAUUCAAAACAUCAAAGAAAUACAGGAGUGUGAAAGACUGGACUACGAGGACAGGUUAAACCUCAGCAACCAAGAAAUUAAUAAACUAAUUGCUGAAAUAAAGGAAAAGACUACCAAAUACAGUGAGGAAAAAAACCAGUUGACUGAAGAAAUUGCCCAAUUGAAAAAGGCUCAUUUGGAGCUUGAGGCUCACUUGCAGGAGUCCUGUCAGGCUGCCCAGGAGGCUCAGUCCAAGAUGGAGAAGCAUUACAAAGAAGAAAUGGAGAAGAUGGAGACUCAGCACCUUGCUGAAUUAACUGAAGUGAGUUUGGCACACGAGAAAGAGAUAAAAGAGUUAAAUGCUGAAAUAAAAGACAAAGUGGAAGAACAACAGAAGUUGGAAGAAAAAAGAAAGGAAGAGAUUGCUGUAAUAAAAAAGGUCCAUGAACGGGAGCACGAGCGGGAAAUCUCUGAGCUGGCUGCUAAGCACUCAGAGGAAAUGGAGAAGCUCCGUGCUGAGCUAAAGGAGGAACAGAGGCACCUUUUAGAUGAACUCCAGCAGCAAAUGGCAGCCACACACCGAGCAGAGCAGGAGCAAGCCCAGCUCCAAUCCCAGACACUGCACAGCCUUGAACUGGAAGCUUUGCGCCUGACCUUAAACAAUAUGCACACCUCUCAGCUGGAGCUUACACAGUCCAACUUGAGGAAGGAGAAGGAGACUGCCCUGGUGGAGCUGCGGGAGAUGCUCAAUGACAAGCGUGCUCAGGAGGUGGCCAUUCUGCAAAGCCGCCACCAGCUGGAGUGGGAGAGGAUCAAAGAACAGUGCCUGAAGGAAAAAGAAGACCUUAAGUCCAAGUAUCAGCAAGAGCUAGUUGACCAGAGAAAGAAAAUAGAAUUGGAAAUGGAAGAGGCACAUGUCCAGGCAUUAGAGACCCUCAAAAGAGACUGGGAAUUAGAGUCUGAUAGACGUUUACAAAACGUGUGUGAGGAGCUGUGUGAAAAGCAUCAGACUGAGAUGAUUGCACUGCAGAAAUCUCUGGAAAUGGAUUUGGAAAAAGUCAGAGCAGAGCUGGGGCUUCUUUCUGUUGAGAAUGUACAAUCUAAAAUGAAAUGUAUAGAAUUGGAGAAGCAACACCAGAUAGCCAUCACAAAAUUACAAGAGCAGCUGCAGGCUGAACAUUACCAAAUCCUGGAAGACAUAAAGAUGAAAAGCCAAGAAAAAGAACAGGAUCUUCAGAAGGAGCUGGACCAGCUUCAGGUCAAGCAUGAGCAACUCAAGGUUGAGUCACAAGAAGAAAUCAGGCAGCUUUGGUCUCAGCUUGACAGUACCCGAGCAAAUCGACAGGAGCUGAGUGGUGGUGAGACGAGAAUGCAGGCCCAUGGUCCAGAGCUAAAAGAGCAGCUCCUGGCUCGAGCAUCACAGGUAAAAGAAAUAGAAUGUUUAAAGCAGGAGUUUGAACAGCAGCGUCAGCAGAGGAACAGGGAGCACCAAGCUGAAUUGGAACAACUGAGACUUGAUUUUGAAAACAAGUUAAUUGCUGCUGAAGAAAACUACAAAAAAGAAUUGACUUUGUUGCAUCAGAGACCACAAGAGCUGACAGACUAUUCACUGCCAGUGUUGGAAAUGAGUCAAGAUCAAGCAGGGGACAUCAGGUCUUCUGUCACACUUUUUGAAGAGACUGCUAAAAAAGAGAGAAGUGUUGCACUUGAUCAGCUAAACCAACAACUUGAACAACAACAGGAAGAACUUGCCUGUUUGCAGCUACAACUUACAGAACAACACAAGCAUGAACUGGAUUCCUUGAGAUCCUCCCUUGCACUUCAGUAUAAAGAGGACCUGAUGAAAAUGAAGAUGGAUCUGUCAGACAAAUAUGCAACAGAAAUUGAGGCCUUGAAAAGAAAGCAUGGUUUAGAACUUGAGCAGCUCCAUGCCCAACUUUCAGAAGAACAGUCUAAAGAAAUCACCAAACUUUGUCCCCAGAGUGUUCAAGAGGUAGCAUGUCAGGUUGAGGUGGAGGUGGCCGAGCGAGGGUCUGUGCUGGAGGAAGAGCACAAAGCCAAGCUUGCCCUCUCCAACUCUGAGAAACAGCAUAUUGCAGAGCUCUCAGAGGAAAUAAGGCAUUUAAAGGAAGAGCUUGUAAAACAAAAGGAUUUUUCUGAGCAAAAUGAAAAGCAUCUGAAAGAAGAAAUGGAAAAGGUAAAAUAUAAAAUUGCUGAGGAUCAUAAAAAGGAAUUAAGAGAAGAAGUCCAGAAAGUAGAGAAUAUGUACAAAGAAAAAGAGAAGAAAUGGCAAUGUGAAAGCGAGGCCCAGAGAAUCUUAGCAGAAGAGAAGUUAUCACAAUUGCACAUAGAACUGCAAACCAGAGCAGAAUCUGAGAAGCAGAACUUACAAAAACAAUUUGAACUCCGUGAAGCUGAGAUGAUUCAACUUCAAGAUCACCAAGCUGCCAAAAUUCUGGAGCUGGAGAAGCUGGUGAAAGAGCAGCAAAACAACUUGCAGCAGCUGGAGGACAGCCUUGCAGGUGCCCAGGCUGUGCAGAAAGCUCAGCAGCAAUACGAAGCUGACCUGGAGGCAGCCAAAGCCCUCAUGGCAAAAGAAAUGGAAAAGGCCACACUCUGCCUGCAGGAAGAAUGUGCACUGAAACUCCUGGAAGCACAAAACAAGUUUAUGGAGGAGCACAAAGCAAUGACUCAGAAAUUCACAACUGAGCAAGAGAUUCUUCUCCAAAAGCUGAAAGACAAACACGUGCAUGAACUGGAACUCCAAAGUCAGCAGUUAGAGGAGAAGCAUAAGCAGCAGAUUUUGUCUCUGACAGCUGAUUUUCAGGCAAAACACCAAGCUGAAAUUGAGACACUUAAAUCUACCCUGGAAAGCAAACAGCAGAUUCAGCUUGAAAGUUGUGUUGCUGAACUACAGACAAAGCAUCAGGCCCAAAUCGAUGAGCUGGAGGUUAAACACUUAUCAAAUCUGGAUUCCUUGGAGUCUUCCUAUCUAUCUGAAAUUCAGACUAUAAGAGAUGAACACAGUAGGGCUCUGGAGAAGCUACAGCUGCAGCACAGGGAGCAGCUCCAAGAGCAGGAUAAAAUCUAUCAGGCACAACUGCUUCGUGAGAUUGAGAUGCUGAAAUUGAAACAUGCUGAAGAACUUCAGCUUUCCCAGAGUAAUUUGAAAAUUGAGCUAGCUACUGUCAAUAUGGAAAAGCUUAGAGCCAUGGCUCUUGAAGCAGAAGAAGCUCAUAAGGAUGAUCUGAACACAGCUCUUCGAAAUCAAAGGCAGUUGCUGGAAGAAGAAAAACGUCUGGCUCUGGAUUUGUUACGUGAGGAAGUGUUGCAGAUGGAGGAGAAGCACAGGAAAGCACUCCAAGAGCUUCAGGAUCUUCAUGAGGCAGAUAUUAGGAAACAUAAGGAACAGUUCUCCAGGGAGUUGGAAGAAGAACUGGGGAAACUAAAAGCACAGCAUGAACGAGAGCAAGAGCUGUAUGCUUCUGCAUCAGCUUCUGAAGUAAAAUCUGUGAGAACAACUCUUCUGGCUCAAUUUGAGGAGGUAAAAUUGAAGCAGCAGCUUCAGUUCCAGGAGGAGAUUGAGCUGUUGAAGUGUCAGUCAGAGUUGCUGCUGGAACAGCAAAUUGCACAGCUGAAGGAAGAAUUUGAAGCUGAAAAAAAGGCAUCACUACACGACAAGGAGCAGAUGUUGAUUCAGGCACAGGCUGCUCACCAAAAGGAGCAAGAAAUGUUGUCAGCCCAGCUGCAGGAAAGAACAGCAAUAAUUAACCAGCUGGAAAAGAAAGUGGCCUCUUUAAAGCAGGAAAUAGGGGAGACCAACUCUGAACUGGAGACACUCCUUCAGUGGCGGGGCAUGGAAAACCAAGAAGGAGGAAAUUUGGUGGCCUUGCUGAGGUCUGACAUGGAGCAGUCCAAGGAAGAAAGGGAAAAACUGCGUGAAUCUUACCAGCACGUUUUGAAACUGCUUAUGGAAGUGGUGAAGGCUACAGUAGUUAUUGAGGACCUUAUCUGUAGCAAGAUUGGUCUUUGCCUUGAUGACAGUCUGCCUUCUGGAGAUUCUAAAGAAGCCCAGAGUAUUAUGGAAGAAAUGGGAUUCAUGCAGUAUUUCAAAGCCAAAGAAAACCAUCACCUAGAAAAAGCUUCCUUGUUUUCAGUAGAGGAGCUGCUUGAUGAAACUCUCACAGAGCACAACCAGCUGUCUCUAGGGACUGAUGAGGUGUCUGAGCUGAGCCAAUACUUAUGUGAAAGUGUUUUUGCAAAGCCAGAAUUGGCGUUUGAAAGUGAAGAAGCGAUACUGAAAAUUUGUCAUCGUUUGCGCACUGCAGUGGAGAGACUUCUGGAACUGGUUACAGAGUCAACUAAACAACUGGAGAAGAUGCAUGAGAACCAUGCCCAGUUUGAGGAGGAGUUCAGCCGCCGCAACCGGGAGACGGCCCAGGUGGUGAGCCAGCACCAGGAGCUGAUGGAGUGCCUCAGUGAGGAGAGCGAGGCCAAGAACCAGCUGGCACUGGAGCUUCACAAGGCAGAGGGCAUUAUUGAAGGCUACGUUGCAGAAAAAGCUGCUUUAGAAGAGGCCUUAAACCUGAAAGAGGAAUCUGAGCGUCGUCUUGUUGUGGAGCUGGAGAACAUGAGGGAGCGCUUCCAGGAGCUCACCCAGGAGCAGGCAAUUCUUGGAACACCUGUUGCUAAUGUAGCACAAAAAGAAGGUUCAGGUCUACUCAAGGAAGUAGAAUUUUUGUCCAAGGAGAAACUUGAGCUUCAGUGUCAGGCAGAAAAGGACCAUUCCAACUUGCGCUCUCAGAUGAAGGUGUUGGAGGUGGAACUGGAAGAGCAGCUGCAAAGUAACCAAGACCUGGCUACAAAGUUACUGGAGAUUACUGAAUUAAAACAGCAAAUUGAAGUUCUUGAAAAGCAGCUUAAAAACCAGAGGCAGUUCAUGGAUGAACAAGCCAUAGAAAGGGAACAUGAGCGCGAUGAUUUUCAGCAGGAAAUUCAAAAAUUGGAAGAACAGUUAAAACUGUCAGCAAAAUCACAGACUUCAGGACAAUCCAGAGAGCAUAGGAACUAUGAAUUGAUUCUACAGGUAGAAUCUUUGCAAGCAGAAAUAAAAGAGAAGAUGGAUGAUUACAAUAAACUGUUACUAGAAAAGGAGCGAAAACACCAAGAAAUUGCAGCUCGUGAUAAAGAGAUAGAAAAUCUUUUAGCACAGAUCCAAGAGCUGAAGGUCAGUGGUGCUGAGGUCUCAAAGACUGUACAGAGCUUGGAGCAACAGCUGCAGAAAAUGAAGAAAGUGGAAACUGAACUGAAACAGGAUAAAGAGGCAUUGCAACAGCAGCAGUACAACAACCUGAUCCAGAUCUCUGCCCUGCAGUCUAAACUGGAUGAGGCAAGGCACCGAGUGCCAGUGGAGGGCAGUUCUGCCCCGGUGCUCAAGGAGCAGCUGCAGGCAGAGCAGGAAGCACUUCAGGCCAAGGAGGGAGAGAUUGCAAGUUUGCUAGACCAAGUAGAACAAUAUAAAGAUAACUUGAGCAAGAAAGAUGAGGAGAUAUUGCAGCUGAACUUGCAGUUAGAGAUACAAAAAAACCUGAGUACUUCCAACAUCAUCCAGCUUCAGGCAGAGAAUGCACACUUGCAGGAGGAUCUAACAAAACUUCAUGAGAAGCAAAGCCAGGACCUGGGUAUUAGUGAUUCUUCAGCUUUGUCAUUCCCACAAGCACUGCUUGAAGAAAAGAAUCAAGAAAUUGAUCACUUGAAUGAGCAGAUGAAGAGACUUCAGCAUGAGCUGCAGAAUGCUCUGGAGAAUAAAGUUGCAGAAGACCAAAAACCUGAAAUUGAAGAGCUCAGAUCACUGGUUGAGCACCUUCGCCUUGACCAGGAGAGGCUAAGGAAGGACAAGGAUGAAGAGGUGGAGCAACUCCAUGGAGUCAUUGAGAAGCUUCAAAAAGAGCUGGCACAGUUUGGACCAGUAUGUCAUGAAGAUAGUGACAACCCAGUUUAUUUCUAUGAAGAUGCCUUGGAAAAGUCAGUGGAAAACCUUCAGAAGGAGUUGCAGAAAGGACUGGUAGCCUGUCAAGGUGAUGCUGAUCCAAACACAAGAAAUGCAUCGGUACUCUCCAAAGUGAGAGAACUUCAGGAGGAACUGGAGCUUGUCUCAGCUUCUAAAGAAACUCUGCAGCAGCAACUGGAAAAAAAGGAAUUGCAGCUCAAAACAGAAGUGGAAAUUUUGGAGAAAAAAUGCCAACAGUUGAGAGAGUCGUCAGAGCAGUCUGUUGCAGAGCUCACCGCCCUGAGAAUCCAGCACCAGGCACUUCAGGAAGAAUACAGGGUUUCCCAAACUCUCUUGUCUCAGAGAGAGGCUGAGACAAAGAUGACUACAUCUCGAGUUCAAGAACUUGAAGAUAAGGUGAGAGAAAGGGAAACAAAUAUUCUAGAGAAAGAGCUGCAAAUUAAGACAAUGGCAGAUCAAAGAGAAGCUGACACAACUGAGCUGCAGUAUUUAAGAGAAAAAGCAGCAGAGCUCCAAACAGAGUUGGAAAAGAGAGGUGCAAGUCAGGCACAAGAUGUUUACAGUCUUCAGUUGGAAGUUUCUAGACUUGAUUUCCAGGUGCAAGCACUGAAUCAGAAAGAAGUAGCUUACCUGAGAGAAAUCAAGGAACUGCAGGGGAGCACUGCAAAACUGAAAGAGGAAAUCAAGGCCCAUAGGAAAGAGCUCGAAGCCCUGCGACUGGAAAGAGCUGAAAUUCUUUCCCAGUUGGAGUCUUGCAAGCUGGAGGAGCAGGAAAAAGAUGAAGUGAUGUUUGACUUGACUAUUCACAAUAAAAAUCCAAAAACACAGAUUAAGCAAUCGCAAGAAAACAUCUUGUGCCAGGAGCUGGACAUGAUCCACAGCUCUGAAGGGGAUCAAGAUUUGAAAAAGCACUGCCAGCAAAUGUUGGAAAUUCAUCAAACUCCUGAUUCACCAAAACACAAUUUGAACAUAGACAAAGAGACUCCAAAAUAUUACCAGAAUUUAAUUGCAAGUAUGUCUUCAUGGGGCUCGCCUGAGAUCAUGAGAAAGCAAGAUAUAAGCAUGGAACUUCAGCCAGUGCUUCACCUGACACCCUUCUCAGAAGCUGAGAACACAGAUUUUCAGAUUAUGAACACAAGGUCAUCCCUCCAAGGAGAGAAUUCCAUAUCACUGGGAUAUUCUAACCUGGAUGAAAAUGGCAGUGGGGAUGCAGCAAUGGGAGUAGAUGGAAAAUCUCCAGCUUUCUCUGAAAGUACCUAUUCUGUGGAUGAUGAUGAUGAAGAUAUGGAGAAGAAGCUCCUGCAGAUGAGAGAAGCUGGUAAUCUGACUUUGACCCCUUCUGAUUUACAAGAUGAUGAAAGAUCAAGAGUAUCUGCUAUGAGUGAUGGAUGUGGCAGCAAUACCAGCUCAAAUUUGGCAGCUAAUCUAAAGCAGGAGCUGCAGCCAUCAGAUCACCUGGAUGCCAAUGUCAUGGCUUACCUGCGAUACCGGGGGAUAAUUCCAGAUAUUAUGGAAUCAAUGAAAGAAAAGGAAAUACUUUCACCACAGAUGAAGGCUGUGCUGAAGAUGGUGUAUGAGGAGAGCCGCAAAAUCUUGGCUUUGUCAGAGCAUCCCUUGGCUUUGAGGGAGCUGAAGAACAUCCCUCAGACCCAAGUGGCAAUGGAGGGCUGGCAGAAGGAGGGAUUGUCCCUGCUGGAUGCUAUCCAGUCACUGAAGGAUUACCUCAGCAAGGUGGCAGAUAGAGGAGACAAGGAAGCAUCAGGUGUUGCUGCUGACUGGAGAGGAGAGCUUCUGCAAGCAGUACAGAGUGUGUUCGAGAAGGAGAGAAAUGUCUUACAAAUUGACUUGAAGUCUCACUUCUCCAAUCCUACGUCUGGUGACACAAGCUCAUUAGAGGAAAAGCUGGAGUAUAUAAUGAAAAAACAAGAGGAGCAGAGGCAGAUGGUUGUGGAGCACCUCUUCUCCUCAGACCGGAAUAGCCUGCUCUCAGAAAUCCAGGACCUCCGAGCUCAGCUCCGCAUGACACAUCUGCAGAACCAGGAGAAGCUGCAGCAGCUGCAGGAAACCCUCACCAAGGCUGAAGAUCAUGGGAACAAGCAGGAACACCAGCUCCGGAGGAAAGUUGAGUUAUUGGAAUAUAAGCUUCAGCAGGAGAAAUCUAUUGUGAGUGACUUGCACAACACCCUCUCUGAGGAGCAGAAGAGAUCCUCUGAAACAUGUGAUCUCCUUAAUCAGGAAAAAGCAUCCCUGAAAUCAGAGCUUUCUGAAAGCAAGCAAGAGAAUGAAAGGUUGCAGAAGUCCCUGGAAGAGCUUCAGAGGGAAAUAAAUCAUUUACGUGUUGAAUUGGAAAAGAAAGAAAAGGAUUUGGCAGCUGCACUUGAAGACUUGCAGGCUGAGCAGCUGAAGGGAUCUGAGCUUCGAGGUUGGUUUGAAGAACAGCAGCGUCAGCAGAGGAAAGCAGAGGAUGAAAAGACAAAGGCCAUGGAGGAGCUGCAGGCUGCCCUGGAUGUGCAGUCGGUGCAGAACUGCCAGCUGGCCGUGUCCUUGGAGCACGAGAGGACGGUGACAGACAACCUCCGCAAGGAGCUGCAGAUCGAGCACUCCCGCUGCGAAGCCUUGCUGGCCCAGGAGCACAGCAAACUGAGGGAGCUGCAGAAAAACCUGGAGGCUGAGAAAAAACGCUCCUCAGAGCUCCUGGAUUCCCUGAAUCAUGAGCGUGUUCUGACAGAGCAGUUGAGCCUGAGAGUGAAGGAAGGGGCUUCCUGUCAGCACAGGGAGUCGCUGCUGGAACAAGCCUUUGUCAGAGAGCUCCAAGCCCAGCUGGAAGAGGAGAGGACCCGAACCAUGGAGCUUGCUGCUGUUAUUGAGAAAAUGCACCAGAAGGCCAUCCUGUCCAAAAGGCAGCUGGAGGCUGAGGUACAGAUGUGCUGUGAGGAAACCCAGAAGGAGAGGGAGGUCAGUGACAAACUGCGAGCCACCCUGGAGUCUCUUCAGGCACAAAAGCAAGAGGUGAUACGUUCCUUGGAGGCCCAGAGGGAGAGAGAGGUCAAGCUGAAAGUUGACUGGGAACAACUGCAGUCACUCUUCAAGCUGCUCAAAGAGCAAGAUAAGAACAGGAAAGAGGAGAGGGAGAGAGAGAAGAAGCAGCAGCAACAGGCAGAGAUACAGAAACAGAAGGACUGGCAGAGAGAUCAGGAGAGACUGCAAAACUUGGAACGGCAACACCAAAGGGAUGAACAAAGAAUUAAAGAACUGCAGGAAAUACUGGCAGUAUUAAGAGAAAGAGAAAGAAAUCCUCCAACUCCAAACUGUCAGGAGGAACUCUUGCAUGCCUCAAGCAAAGAUGGAAGUCCCACACAUCCUGUGACAAAAGAAACUGAAAAACCUCACUUGCAACAGCAGCAACAGCAGCUGGAGAAGAUAAGGCAGCAGUUGCUCUUUGUGGUUGUGCACCUGAAUGAGUUCAUAUAUAAAACUCUGGAUAAAACGGUUAAUGACUGGUCUGCAUCAAAUGAUGAAGCUGUAGCCUCUUUACUACAGACAUUAAGGGAACUAAAAUCAGAUUUGACUCCUACAUCUCAGGUGAGAUUUACAGGUGAUGCUGGCCCUGUUCAAGACCUGGAAAGAGAGGCUUGGCAACGAGAGAGGAACACGCUGCAGAACAUGCUGAAACAGGCAGAAUCCCAGCUGGCCAAAGCCAAUGCUGAAAUUGAAAACAAACCAGUGGCAGAAACUUCCAAUCCUAAGUUGCAGAGAUUAUAUCGAAAGUACAUUCGAGCAGAGAGCUUUAGAAAGGCUCUAGUUUAUCAGAAGAAAUACCUCUUGCUGCUGCUUGGUGGGUUUCAGGACUGUGAGCAAGCAACUCUGUCUCUGAUUGCCCGCAUGGGAAUCUAUCCUUCUGCAGACCUGCAGCUCUCUGCAGCACACUCCCGGCCCUUCACCAAGUUCAGGUGUGCAGUCAGAGCCAUCAUUGCCAUCUCAAGGUUAAAGUUUUUGGUGAAGAAGUGGAACAAAGUUGGCAGGAAGAGCACACAGGGUGAAAGCAUUUCUCACAGUAUAGCAGCCUUUGGUGCUAGAACAGAAGUCCUGAGAGAGCAGCAGCCCGCAGCUGGCCCUGUCAGCUCUCCCCCUACCCAGGACAGGGACACAGGGCUGUGCCACAGAACCAGCUGUGCUGCAAGACUCACAAGCCUCUCCCCACGAUCCUCCUCCCGCUCACACAACAGAUUGCACCUGUCCCCAAGUUCAGCUCCAGACAAGUCCCUUGUGGCACCCCAGGAUCCUGAGCAGUCACUCACAGAAUACAUCCAUCGCUUGGAGGCCAUCCAGCAAAGGCUGCGAGGGGUGCAGCCAGGACAAGUGCUAGGUUCACCUCAUCAGAGAAACCUAAAAAAGUGAUGGGAACGGUUACAAAAUCUGUCCUGCAAGUUCCUGCUUCCUCUGAGUCGGUCCUCACUCAACAGAUGCACUUGCAAUCUGCCAUGCAACUGAAUAAAGGGCAGUGCUUUUAAAGCAGAUUUUUAUAUGACUCUUUUUAUUAUAUUUUAGUACUUUAAGAGGGACUUACUUUUCACUAAGAACAAUGUUUUACAUUCUCAUGUGAAAUUAAGUCAACAGCUGAAGUGUGCCUGCAUCGCUGUAUUGUAAGCUGGAAAAAGUCUCCGUGGUGUUUAUUUUUCUAUAGUGUAUAGGUGGAUUCCUUGUAAAAAAAGUUAUUAAAAUGGAAUUUUAUUAGUGAA